UUCCAUAGGGCGGCGUGUGGGCUGAGGGGAAAGAGGGAGGCGUCGCUCCUGAGGGGAGGCAAGGCGGGUAGCGCUGUGUGCGGAGAGGACUAGGCGAAGCCCCGCAGAGGAGGAGGAGAAGGGAGGAGGCGGCGGCGGCGCGCGGCGCCCUUGGAGUCGCCUCAGGCUGGACUAACCGUCGCCGUCGGGUCGCCUGCUUGCCCCCAGCCUGCCCCGUGGAUGGAGCGGCUCCGCGGAGGAGGAGGAGGUCGAGGCAACGGCGGGCAGGCUCAGGAGCCGCCGCUCCGGAAGGGCAGGAGGAGCCUCCUCAGCAUCCGCCGCCGCCGCGACUGGAGAAGCCCCCCGGCCGCCCUGGGGCUCUGAAGGGGGAGACCGAGCAGCCGCCGCCCGCGCGCCGCAACUGUGCAGCAUCACUUGAAGACCUUUAUGGGAUCCAAAUGUCUGCUGGAUGGAUGAUGUGCCUACGAUAAUUAAGCGAGUCCUUGCGCCCCCCCCCCUCAGGCUGGGGCUCAUCCCUGCAGUUGUGCUGAGCUUUGUGGACACUCCAAAAUGAAGAGACUUCUUGCUGCUUCUGAGUAUCUUAGCAUGACAUCAGAGGCCAAUAUGGGUCCAUGCUUCUUUGUUGUCCUGCUCAGCAGCUGCCUGACAUGCCUAGGAGCCAACAACCUGACCAUAGCCUUGACCAGUCUUCCCUUGAGCAUAAGUUCUGUGACAAAUGUCACAAAGCAGCCAGAUCACAAGACGCCCACAAGUCCCACAAGUAGGAAUGCUUCUUCUUCACCAGCAUCUCCUACUGUGGUUCAGGGCCCUACGCCUACUACAGCUUCAGAUCUCCUGCCUACCACAACCGUAAGCUCAUCAGGCACACAAGCUACAACCAUGAAGUUGACUAUGUCCCCUGCUGGUCCUACUUCCCCAAAUGUUACAUCCUCAAAUCCACACAGAACUGCUACAACUGAAGACACCACCAAUGCAGAAGCCAAUGUUACAGCAGCAGUUACCACUUCAAAAACCUCUGACACCUCAGGUGAUAUAACAAAAGAUCCAGAUGAUAGUAAUGUAGGACGAGAUGAGACACCCAUCAUAGCUGUAAUGGUGGCCUUAUCUUCCUUGCUAGUCAUAGUAUUUAUUAUUAUAGUCCUGUACAUGUUAAGGUUCAAGAAACACAAGCAAGCUGGGAGUCAUUCCAACUCCUUUCACUUGUCCAAUGGCCGGACAGAUGACAUGGAGCCCCAGAGCAUGCCGUUGCUAGCCAGGUCUCCCAGCACCAACAGAAAGUAUCCACCACUGCCUGUUGACAAACUGGAGGAGGAGAUUAACCGGCGAAUGGCAGAUGACAACAAGCUCUUCCGUGAGGAAUUCAAUGCUCUCCCAGCGUGUCCCAUCCAGGCCACCUGUGAAGCUGCCUCCAAGGAAGAAAACAAAGAGAAGAACAGAUACGUGAACAUUUUGCCUUAUGAUCAUUCCAGGGUUCAUCUGACUCCCCUUGAAGGGGUUCCAGACUCUGAUUAUAUCAAUGCCUCGUUCAUUAACGGGUACCAAGAGAAGAACAAGUUCAUUGCAGCCCAAGGACCAAAAGAAGAAACUGUGAAUGACUUUUGGAGAAUGAUUUGGGAGCAAAACACAGCAACGAUAGUCAUGGUGACCAACCUGAAAGAGAGGAAAGAGUGUAAAUGUGCUCAGUACUGGCCAGAUCAAGGUUGCUGGACCUAUGGAAACAUCAGAGUGUCUGUGGAAGAUGUGACUGUCUUGGUUGACUACACAGUGCGGAAAUUCUGCAUUCAACAGGUAGGAGAUGUCACCAAUAAAAAACCCCAGCGCCUGGUGACACAGUUCCACUUCACAAGCUGGCCCGACUUUGGGGUCCCCUUCACUCCCAUUGGGAUGCUGAAGUUCCUGAAAAAGGUGAAGAAUUGUAACCCCCAGUAUGCGGGGGCCAUCGUCGUACACUGCAGUGCUGGUGUGGGACGAACAGGAACUUUCAUUGUCAUUGAUGCCAUGCUGGACAUGAUGCACACGGAGAGGAAGGUAGAUGUUUACGGGUUUGUGAGCCGCAUCCGGGCACAGCGUUGCCAGAUGGUACAGACUGAUAUGCAGUAUGUAUUCAUCUACCAAGCUCUUCUGGAGCAUUAUCUGUAUGGAGACACAGAGCUGGAGGUGACCUCGCUGGAGAUCCAUCUCCAGAAGAUUUACAACAAGAUCCCGGGGACCAGCAGCAAUGGUCUGGAGGAAGAGUUUAAGAAAUUAACCUCAAUCAAGAUUCAAAACGAUAAGAUGAGGACGGGCAACUUGCCAGCCAACAUGAAGAAAAACAGGGUGCUGCAGAUAAUUCCAUAUGAGUUCAACCGAGUGAUCAUUCCAGUGAAGAGGGGUGAAGAAAACACUGAUUACGUGAAUGCUUCCUUUAUUGAUGGCUAUCGCCAGAAGGACUCUUACAUUGCUAGCCAAGGGCCUCUCCAGCACACGACAGAGGACUUUUGGCGGAUGAUAUGGGAGUGGAAAUCCUGCUCCAUUGUUAUGUUGACAGAGCUGGAAGAACGGGGUCAGGAGAAGUGUGCCCAGUAUUGGCCUUCAGAUGGUUCUGUAUCCUACGGUGAUAUCACUGUGGAACUGAAGAAAGAGGAGGAGUGUGAGAGCUACACAGUGCGGGACCUGCUAGUGACGAACACCAGGGAAAACAAAAGCCGGCAGAUCCGACAGUUCCACUUCCAUGGCUGGCCAGAGGUCGGCAUCCCCACUGAUGGGAAAGGAAUGAUCAACAUCAUUGCAGCUGUGCAGAAACAGCAGCAGCAGUCUGGAAACCAUCCCAUCACUGUACACUGCAGUGCUGGAGCAGGACGAACAGGGACCUUCUGUGCAUUAGGCACUGUCUUGGAAAGGGUCAAAGCCGAGGGAAUUCUGGAUGUCUUUCAGACGGUGAAGAGCUUGAGGUUACAGAGGCCACACAUGGUCCAAACACUGGAACAGUACGAAUUCUGCUACAAGGUGGUUCAGGAAUACAUUGACGCCUUUUCAGACUACGCCAACUUCAAAUGAAGACAUAAAUCAACCAACAGAAGAGCUGCCUUCUUUAAUACUUUGUAAUAUUAUGUUUGUUAAUAUCGCCCCACCCCCCAAAAUGUGUAUAUAUCUUAACUGUUUUAGAGGGUUGGUACCAUAAGAUUCCUAUUAGCUGGAGAUUUUAUAUGUAGCAAAACUGUUAGAAAAAGGUUGUAGACACUGUUUUUCCAGUGUUUUAUUGGGGAAUGCAAUGAUGUGGUAUUUGGAUUAAUAUUGUCACAUCUCUCCCCUGGAGAGUUGAUGCAGGCUGUUUUUGUUUUGUAAAUCUUCUUCUUCUUCUUCUUCUUCUUCUUCUUCUUCUUCUUCUUCUUCUUCUUCUUCUUCUUCGCCUUGGGGAAGUAAAGCCUUUAAAAAAAAAUCUCAUUCUAGAUAUCAGCUGUUUCUUUUAAAAGAAAAGAAAAAAUAGUGGCUCAUGAAUAGCAUUUCUAAAGAAUUUCCCCCAAAAAAGUGGCUACAAAUUUCCAGUUCUUUUAAACAAAUAGUAUAUUUAUCAGAGGUUUUGUACAGGAAGAGAAAAGCAGUAUCUUUUGCAGCCCCUUCUGUGGUCACUGUGCACAGGGAGUUCUUGGACACUUGGCAGGAAGGGGCACAUGGGAUUACUCGGCACACACACCCCUUGGAGUUUGGGAUUGUGAGGCUUGGGCUUAAUCAACCAACUCCUGCAGGUGGAAGAUCCCAAGAUGUUUGAGAUUGGGAAGAUGUUUGGAUUUCAGUGAGAGAGGAAGGAAAGUCGCCCAGCUUGUAUCUAGCUGUGAAGAUGAUGUUGAAUGUUGUGGUUUUCAAGACUUCCUUUCGAACAACAGCCAUGCUUAACAUUCCCCUCUAUGCCUCAUCCGCUCUCGCCUUUGGCCAGCAACUUUUCAAGCUGCAGCAUCAGAUGCCAGCUAAGCUGCUUCCUCUGUGAUUGUGUUUACAGUGUUACUCCUGCCUACCCGCGCAGUGGAAUGGGUUUCGACUUGUUUGUUUUGCCUGUCUUUGCUGCUUCAGAUUUGACCCAUCACUUAGAGCAGGGGUUCUCAAACCUGGGCCCCUAGAUGUCGUUGGACUAAAAGUCCUCUCAUCUCCAGCCACAAUGGCCAAAGUCUUGAGGGGACUUUUAGUCCAACAACACCAGGGGAUCCAGCUUUGAGAACCCCCAACUUAGAGUAGAACAGCACAGUCUACUCAGUAUGGAGCUGUCGCAAAAACGGUAGCCCUGUGGCACGUCAUCCUCCAACAUUUCUGUAACCUUUAGGCAGACGUGCCUGUGUUGCAGUGUCAACCCUAUUGUGCAUUCAUCCCACCCUACCCACUCCCAUAAUUGGCUGGUGGGAACAGAGAAAAGGUUACUGAUAAGCCUGCCUAAACACUGCAGAGGGGUUGUGGUGGCUGCCAUUUUUAAUACUGAGCAUUGUGUCUACUUCUGCUGUUCUACAAGAGGUUUGAUUGGCCUGGCAGUACUGUUUGGAGAGAGAAGGUGUGUCUCUUGUAUAUUUUUGAGUGGUCUACACAGCCUGCUGAGCCUCAUGCCCUUCUCUUCCUCCUCCUUCCCCAUGUGACAGGUCUGAUCAGCGACCUGCCCUUCCUCUCACUGAUGUGAGUAUAAAUCAUGCCCCAAAGCCUUUUGUUUCCUCUGUAACUGUGUUGGAGAGGCACAGACUACCAGCAACACCCUGCACAAGCUCUGUGGCUAUGAUAUGCAAGCUCUGCAGGAUGCCUACGUUUCGUAUCAACUUGUACAGCAGAAGGUGCUCUUGGGUGGGCCUGGGUUUCUCCCCCUUUGGGAGGAAGGGAAGGAACCAGGAGUCUCUUGAAAUGCUGCCUGCUUUUAUUUGAAGUGAAUGUAGUUUCCAUAAACCUCUCAUUUGCUGCUUGGCAUUUCUUAUUUGUCUUCUUCUUCUCCACCACCCACUGCCAUUUUUGUGGGAGCAACUCUCUCUCUCUCUCUCACUCUCUUUUUAGGGGUAUGUUUUGGUUUUGUCUCGAGGUAUCUGCCCCUUUUGAUUUGCCAUGAUCCCUCUGUGGGACGAGCAGGAGCACCACUUCCUGCCUUUAAGGUGGGGAGGGGAGCCCAGGACGGGCAAGGUGGAGGGAUUGCUUGCAACCCUCCUUGACCUAGAUGUCCAUAUAUGCUUUGAGAGCCCUUUCCAUUUAGCAGUAGUAUAUGCAUUGCUUCGGAAUGGCCCAGUUGGAAUCCAAAGGACCUGGCUGGAGGGACCUGAAUCCUGCAGCAGCUCAAGUGUUUCAUGUUUUCCCUGCUGUCAUGGGCCAGCAUAGAUGCAUAUGCUUGUAUGAAUAGGACAGAGUCUCCAAUUGGCACCAUCUGGUCUCUGACCAGAGGCCAAGAGUGAUGUGUGCCAUAGAAGCUGCAUUCUGCAGUGACAGGUGUAGGAUGUGAGCGUGUCCACAGCCCACACAGUUCUAACUCAAAACAGUGCAUAGUUUGUUUUUUAAAGGGCUGGCAUACCAUCUGUACAACUCACAAAUGUAUUACAAUAUGUGAAUAACUCAUCCACUCAAGCCCAUAUAAAACAUGUUUUUCUUGGAAUCCUCAAAUUCAAAUUGUGAAAAAUGGAUGUGUCAAAAUGUGUUGCCUAAUACCAGAUGCUGCUAUUCUUAAUUUCUGUCACUGAAGGUGGCUUGAUGGACUUGACUUAGAUCUAGUGCAUGAGUGAUCUACAUGUUGAAAUAUCAUUGUAUAGAUCUGUGUAACUAAGGUGUGGAUGCACCAGAGAGUGAGGCAGCUGUAUGACCUUGGCCUUAAUGUUGUCAGAAGGCCCUCUUGCCUCAGUCUGUGAUCCAGGUUGUUCAGACAUGCAGUCAUAGGAUGUCAAGUUGGAAGGGACCUUGGAGUCUUCUAGUCCCGCCCCUUGCUCAGUGCAGGAAACUGCUGCAGCAUCCCUGACAGAUGCUUGUCCAGCCUCUGUUUGAAGAGCUCCAGCACCAGGGAGUCCACCAUUGGCAGUGAAACAAUCUGCCUUGUGCCAACGUUUUCAAUUAGGACCUUCUUCCUGAUGUCUAGCCUGAAACGGCUUCCUUGUAAUUUCAGCCCAGCUCUGUACUUCCCUAUGUGCAUGAUGCAGUGUUGACUCUUUCUGUUUAACUUGUUGGCUUCCUCACAGAGGACUGGGACUUGCUGGUUCCACCAGAAUUUUGGUUUCCUCAUAUUUUGAAACAUGCCUAGCUUGCAAGUCAAAUGGGUUGAGUGUUUUCUUUUGAAAGGUACAAAUGGUGCUUGGGGUGUCCUUACUCCAGUUGGAAACUACUGGAAGUUCCCUCAUUGACAUGCCCUUCCUUGCAAGCCAAGUUUUUUGUUCAUUCCACCAUUGCCAAGGAAUGCUGUGUCUGCAUGGAGACUUACCUUUAGGAACUGAGCUCAGCAGGUUGUCCAUGGCUGGCCUAGCUGAUUGGAUCCAGAAAUGUUUGUCAAACUGGACAUGGCCCCUGCCUAGUGUCAGGUACCCUUGGGCACAGUACUUAGCAGUUCUUCCCCAUAAGUUGCCCAAGAGCUCUUCUGAGUUGAGAAAUCAACUUCUGGGGUCACUACUCUGAUAUCAGCGUCGGCCCGAAUGAUUCCUGGCUUAACCUAGGUGGUACUAGCUGAAAGAGAAUUUACAUAUCCCUGACCUCUCUUGCUGUCCUUGAUUUUCUUCCUGUGGGAUUGAAUUGAGCAUACCUGCCCUUGGUCCUGCAAAUACCUAUGGUAUCCAGGCUUAGGUGCCCCAAAGCUCUGCAUUCUUAGGCCCCUCUCCUGUGGCUUUGCCCACCGUCCUCCAGAUGGUCUUCCUUAGCAUCAUGCUUAUCCUAUGAGUGAUGCACCUCCCAAAGAGACAAGCAGUGCUGCCAAACUAUUAAAGGUGCAUUCUAUGUAUUCAGGUAACCCCUAUCUCAGUCAGUAUAGCAGCAGCCAUGGGGUGCAUACAAAAGAGGCCUCGGGUCAGGGAGUCCCUCCUUCUGAUCACAGCCGUGGUGGUUCAGCCUUGUAUUACCCAGCGGAGCCCUCUUGCAAAUUGUCACCAGGGGCAAACUGUUCUCAGGAUCCUGGUGUAAGCCACUGUCCAUAGUAAAGCUGUACAGUGAAGCACUGUGUGUGUUUCUGCAGAAACGGUGUCUGUUAUUUUGCUGCUUGAGCAAUUGUGUUGCCGUUUGGGGUGAGUGCAACUGGUGUCUUUGCUUCUAGGGGCCAAGCCUCACGUGCCAAAACUAACUUGCUCACCCGGACCCAGUCCCUCCUGUAGACCUGCUUCUUUCAUACCACUUGGCUAUAUCAGGAUUGCUAAUGCAGACUUAAACUAAGCUGCUUCUCUUCUCUGUUUGUUUCAAUAGCUGUAACUUCCUUCAUGCUGCCUUCAUUCUGAAUGUCUUAAUAUCUUGUAUUUAUUUUAUUUUUUUGUUGACUAAGUAAAUGCUUUCUUUUUUUUAA